AUGUCGAAAUUUUCAAGUAUAAAGCAUAUGAGAUCAAUAAAAGCUCUGGUAUUUGAUAUGGAUGGUACAUUAUGUUUACCACAACCAUGGAUGUUUCCUGCCAUGAGGAAAGCAAUUGGCCUCGAAGAUAAAUCUAUUGACAUCCUUAAAUUUAUUGAUGAUAUGCCAACAGAAGUUCAAAGGGCUAAAGCUCGUGAAGCCAUUCAUGGUGUUGAAGAACAAGCUAUGAUAGAAAUGGAACCACAACCAGGUUUAAGGGAAUUGAUGGGUUACUUGACGACACAUUCGUAUAGUAAGAGUAUAUGUACUAGAAAUGUAAUUACCCCUGUUAAUUAUUUUGUUUCAAAAUUUAUUCCUGUUGGAUUUAAUUUAUUUGAUUAUAGUGUAACAAGAGAUUUUAGACCAACUAAACCAUAUCCUGAUCCAUUGUUAUAUAUUUCAAGAGAAUUGGGGAUUGAUGCAUCAGAAAUGAUGAUGGUUGGAGAUUCAAUGGAUGAUAUGAGAAGUGGUAGAAGUGCUGGAUGCAUUACAAUAUUAUUGAAGAAUCAUGUUAAUGGACAUAUUAUGACAGAUCAUAAAGAUUUAGUAGAUUAUCCAAUUGAUAAUUUAUCUGAAAUCAUUACAAUUUUGGAAAAAAUAAAUAUAUAA